GCGUGGUGACGUCACUGAGUGGGGUUGGGGGUGGUGACGCUCCUCCACGCGGCCUGACAGUUUGAAAACUAAGGGAACUUCCGCCGGAGCCGCGCUAACCGCUGUUUCACUUCUCCGCCGUUUCUCUUCGUGGCCGGUCGUCGUUCUGAGGUCCCUCGAAGCCGAAGUCGUACUUGGAACAUGUCGGGCAGCAAAGAGGAGGAGAAGGUGCCCGGCCGCAGCACGUCGCUGCCCAUGUCGCGGGUGAAGCUGAUCAUGAAGAGCUCGCCGGACGUGUCCCACAUCAACCAGGACGCGCUCUUCCUCACCACCAAGGCCACGGAGCUGUUUGUUCAGCACUUGGCCCAGUAUUCCUUCAGAAAGGGCUGCGGCGGGGAGAGCAACGCGCUGGGCUACAGCGACCUGGCCAAGGCGGCCGAGGAGUCGGAGCCUUUCCACUUCCUCACGGCAGUCCAAGGUGCGUGCCUUCUUGAGCCUAGGGUACUACACCAGCACUAGCAGCAGGAGUGGGAUUCAAAAGAGCAACCUACCUUCAGACUGCGAAAGCGAAGCCCUGACCUGCCUGGCCGCUGUGCUGUCUGCUGCUGCUGCUGGCGCACUUUGGACAUGACAACAUGUGGCGGGGCUUUGAGCCCAUAAGGAUUCCUUGUAAGAUGCAGCUCGGUGCCUAAAGCAGCCCUAACGGAGCUGGGAGCUUUUUGAAGACUCGGAUGGCGAGAUCCAGUCUGCUACUGUAACGCUGCCGCCUUCUGAUUAACUACAGUGAUGAUAUGGCAAAGACAUGGAGUUCGGUCUCUCGGCUUACAGGCACAAAAACGUGGAGACGGCUUUAAUUUGCGUCGAGAAAUGUUACCGGUUAGAGCAGGUUCAAGUACGAAUUCCCCUCUGGCUCUUGUAUCCUUCAUCAAAGUAAUUACCCUGCAUUGAUACAGUAACAAUAACCUGUUGUGUAAAUGAGUAGGUCGGUCGUGGUAAAAUUACCAUAAAUUCUACAAAAUAUUAUUAAUGGUAAUUAUGAUCGUGGGCUUUUAUUGCAAAACAUGAUGAAUCUGUACAUUUAUCUGAAUCAUCUGAAGAUGUUGCAUUUACUGUACGUUCAGAAUCCAUCUAUGGCAGUGGAAAGUGAUCGCAAAUGUGGGUAUUGUCUCCAAGGACUGCGGCUGUAACAUUCUGACAAAAUAGAUGGCAGUGAGGACAAAUGCUUAGUAUUUAUUGUUUUACCCUUCCAGAUAUCCUUCCAAAAAAGAUUUUGGCACGAGAUUACCUGAGGUCUUUAGAGGAGAGAAGCGAGGACAGUGAUUAACACGGAACG